AUGCCAACACCUAUCGAUUAUAAUACUGGUGGGGUUGACACCUCCCAUGACCCCCAGUGGGCACAGCCUAGUUCUUCAGCGUACCGUGCCCACGACGAAGGCCAGCGAAACGCAACAUCAGACAUUUCCAACGUCCAGUCGUCCACCAUUAACAUCAGAGGCGAUGUUGCCAUGGAAGAUGUUGCAGAACUUCCUCAAGCAUCUGAUCAUCUGGUUUCUUCACAAAUCAAGCCUCCGUCGUCUCGAAGGUCGAAACAUGCAGAUCUCGAUUGGGAAGGACAUCGGGCUAAACUUUUUGAGCUCUACAUACAAGAAGGCAGGAAACUGACCGAGACUAUGGAGAUCAUGAAACAGCGUUAUGGCUUUAUUGCACCAGCCAAAGCCUUCAAAGACAAAUUCAGAUACUGGAGGUUCCGAAGGAACCUACCUGGAGAGGUCGCACAGUGGAUGGUUCAAAGAGCAUCGCUGAGGGAAGAAAUAGGAAAGGAGACACAUUUCGAGUUCGGAGGUCAAAAGUGGACGCUUGAACAAGCCUACAAUGGCGCGAAACGUACCAAAAAGGCAACGGAAGACUUGGUAAACACGCCGGAAGGAAUGAAAGUCAGCACUCCAGAAAAUGCCAAUAUCGGCAACUCACUAGAUGCUCACCGCGAUGCUGAUGAGCUACCGGGAAGUCCUAGUGUUGUUGCUGUAGGCCUGGAGACACUACCAACUACGCGUAGUCUGCCACUCAGCUACAAUGGCAAGACUAGGCAAGACCUAGCCGUAACACUCAAUGUCGCGCGGAGUUUUUCACAACAAGGUGAAGAAACCAGGGCAGAAAGUGCUUAUCUUGACGUUUUUCACGGUCUUGAGCACCUGCUCUCUCCGACCGCUGCGGAUACCGUCAGGAUAGGAUACGAGAUCGCAUCGUUCUAUUGGGAGCGAGGGCGUAAGACUGAUGCAGAUGCUAUUUUAGAGGCUAUGUCAGCAACUCAUAUCAAUCAGUUAGGCAUGGAGGACCGUAGCACCCAACAGCACAUCCUACACGUUGUCGAGCUUCUGAACUGCUGGAAGCGGGGCGAGGACGCUUUGGUGUUGUUGCAACACGCGAAGCAAACCGCGACUUCAGAAAGGCAUGCCCGUGCUCGGAAGAAGGACAGAGUGCAGGAAAGAGAAUCUGCUAGCGCAACAGUGGAUGAACGACUCCAAUCACUCAACGCCGAAGUUGACAGCGCUCCCAAUCCUACGAUACUUGACCAUGGGCUUGCGUCCGCUCGCAUUCAUAUGGCGACGAACAAACCCGCCCUCGAAACAUUGCUAAAAGCCAUCGAGAGGCAAUGUCUCAGGGAUCCAGCAGUGCUAACGGUCCAAGGACUCCGAGCAAGAGCUGAGCUACUCAGACAUCACAUCAGCAAGGGUGGCCGUAUGUCAGUUGCAGAUCGAAGCGCUUUCGAGACUGCAGCAGAUCUAAUGAAAGUAUUCUGGGGUCGAGCUCUCUGGGACCGUGAAGAGUUCAAAAGCCAUGAAAUCAUAGAGGUUUCACUGGAGCUUGCAGUGGGAGUGUUGCGGGGCGAAUUGGUCAAGCACGCCCAAUGGAUGUUUCGAGAGAUUCAGAAGAAAGCGACCAAUUUCUUCGGAGAGGACGACGAGCGCACCAUCUGGGCCCUAAUCAAUAUUGGAAUCAUAUACCAGACAUAUCGAACCUGGCCCGAAGCCAAGCCCUGGUUUCAGUCCGCGUAUGCAGCUGCAGACGCGGCGUGGGGAAUGAAGGAUGGCGUGUACAGGUCUCUGGAGAAGGCCCUCGAGAAACAUCAUUUCGCUUAUCUCAAUGACGAGGGACGGCCUUUCAAGACAAUCUUCGGUGUGUGUGGUGUAACGAUCCAUCCAACAAGGCUGCACUUGGACUAG